CUUCGAAACCUCGGUUUGUUUGGCCCAUCACUAAACGUCACAUCACUACGGCCGCCAAUCAAAACCAAAAAAGAAGCGUCCUGGAGGAAGGCAGUGGUGCGGUUGGGUGCUGCGGUGCGGAGUUCGUAUCGCUUGCUAGUGGAUCACCGGCUUCAAGAGCCGUCUACCGUGACAGUUGAAUGAAGCCAAAGGUGGAUUUUAAGUGAAACCUAAAAGUCAUAUCUGGAGGAAGACCAGGAUCACCUGAUUCCAGCAAAAAUGGAUGGAAGACCCACUUGUAACCAGUGUGGAAAGGCUUUCACCACAGCAGGUGGCUUAAAAAUCCACCACCGUGUCCACACUGGAGAAAGGCCAUACAACUGUGACCAGUGUGGGAAGACUUACACCACAGCAUUUCACUUAAAAAUCCACCAACGGAUCCACACUGGGGAGAAACCAUUCAUCUGUUAUCAAUGUGGAAAGGCCUUCAUUGAUCCAAGUUACCUUAAAACCCACGUACGCAUCCACACUGGAGAAAGACCCUAUAGCUGUGACCAAUGCGGAAAGGCUUUCACCAGAGUAAGUGAAUUGAAAAUUCACCAACGCAUCCAUACUGGAGAAAAACCAUAUGGCUGUGGCCGUUGUGCAAAGGCUUUUACCACAGCAAAUCGCUUAAAAAUGCACCAACGCAUCCACACUGGUGAAAGACCAUAUGACUGUGACCAGUGUGGGAAGACUUACACCACAGCAAGUGACUUAAAAAUCCACCAACGCAUCCACACUGGAGAAAGACCAUAUGGCUGUGACCAGUGUGGAAAAGCGUUCACCAGAAUGAGUCAUUUAAAAACCCAUCAACGGAUUCACAGUGGAGAGAAACCAUUCAGCUGUUAUCAGUGUGGAAAGGCUUUCAUUGAUUCAAGUUACCUUAACAUCCACCUACGCAUCCACACUGGAGAAAGACCAUAUUGCUGUGACCAGUGUGGAAAGGCUUUCACCUCAGCAAAUUGCUUAAAAAGGCACCAACGCAUCCACACUGGAGAAAGACCAUAUGAUUGUGAGAAGUGUGGGAAGGCUUUCAUCAGAAUGAGUGGGCUUAAAAUCCACCAACGCAUCCACACCGGAGAAAGACCAUAUGACUGUGACCAGUGUGGGAAGACUUUCAGAACCUUGUCUGCAUUACAACCUCACCGUUGUGUUCACCACAAGAAUAAGAUGUACCCCUGUGAUAGGUGCACGAAGAUAUUCUGGUCAUCUUCGUCUUACAAGUGUCAUCAACGGACCCAUAUUGGAGAGAAUUCCAACCAGUGCUGAUUCGGUGACACAUCUUUUAUCACAGGUUCACAAUGUACCAAACAUAAAUGAGUCAAAGAUUUCCACAAAAGACAAAAAGUGAACAGUUGCACAAAAAGUAAGACUUAAAGAUAGUGGAAACAAUAAGUGUCAUAACACACCUAAACAGUAUGAGUGUUGGCAAUGUCCAAACAGAUUCUGGUCAUCCUCUGCUCUCACAUCAUCAGCACAGAUGUGAAUCAACGUCUGGAUCAAACAGUACCUCACCAUCAGACGAGAAGAAGAAACACAGUGUGAUUGAACCAGCAGCACCGACUUCUUCUGACAAGAAAUUAGAAAACCUCAAACUUAAAAACCUCCAGAUCAGGCUUCACAGGAUCCAGAUGUGAAGACAAACACCAGACUGAAAGAUGUGUUUUGUUGUCCUCAGAGUACAGAAGUGUGUUCUAAUGCACCACCUUCACACAACAGUGAUGUUACAGAACCUCAACCUGCCACAGGGUGAAAAGUUCAACUAGUGGAUGUCAACAAGGAACUGGUUAGUAUUCGGAUACUACUUCUAAUUGACUUUGUAGACAUUUAAUCAGUCACUUGUUGUGAUUCUGUUGCUGGUUAGGGUUCACACCUGUUCAUUGUUCACUAACAAAACCAGCUACUUCUGGAA